AUGCAAGUGCCAAUCUGGCUCGGUGCACCCUACGGUGAGAUCUCUCCCAGCAGGCGGCGGUCUUCGCGAGCAUGGCCACCCACCGACAAAGGUCGUCCUGCUACGCCCAGUACCAGCGACCUUUCAGAGUCCAAUCAGGGUCAUAAAUGCUGCCCCAAUUGUUACCACAGGGCACAUGAUGCGGACUGUUCUCGAAACAAGAAGAAGCGCCAAAGCAACAAUCAAGGACAGAGACCACCUGCUCCUUCCCCAGCCUUUUCGGCUUCGUCCAGCACGAAGGUAGCAACGCCGCUGCCACAUCUUCACCAUUUGCAUUCAAUCUCCGGCUACCCUGUGAUGGCUGCAUACCCUCCGGAUCCCAUUCACAGCUACAUCCACCCAGCUCACGCACAGGCAGCACCAUCUCCGCAGCAACCUGCCGAGAUCCCACGAGAAGCUCCUCAAGCAAUGUGCACCUGCCAGCAGCCUGUGACUCCUGAAACUGAGUCGCGGAACUACUAUUGCUGCUGUCGCACGGGUGAAUAUCGCUCUGAAUACUCUGCCGAUUUUGAUGACGUUGCUUCUGAAGGCUCUACGGAAGCUGUAGCUGGGUUUGAAUAUGAAAACCCCGGUGUCGCCUGUUACCACCCCUUGUACCUAGCUGUCCCGGUUGGAACAGCCCCUAUGGAGUAG